UGGGCGAGCAGAUGCUCAGUCGCGAGUACUAUUAUCUCGGCACGCAGCUCCCCAUCGACCGGUUCUUGACGUUCUACUACGGCCAUCCGGGAUUCCACAUCAUCAACAUGCUCGUCAUUCUGUCUGUACAGGUUUGCAUUGUCACUCUGGUCUUUGCCGCAUCUCUAACAUUGAGUAUCACGAUCUGCAAGUGCACGUCGUCGGGACGUUUAUCUCUGCUCAUGCGGAUGCUAUAACUUGAUGAACGUCGCUUCCUGGAUCCACCAGUGUAUCAUCGGUAUCUUCUCGGUCUUCAUCCGAGGCUUCUCCACGUCCAUCAAUCCUCCUCCGCACAUGCCAUCUCCAACUAUCCAAAUGAUCCUGGGAAGAUC